AUGUCCCGAAACAACCCCGCGCAAAUCGCCAGCACAAUGCUAUCCUGGCACUCCCUCGACCUAAUAACCUGCGAACCCCUCCAAACCCUCUGGGCCGGCUACGGCCAAAUCUGCUCUAUAACCGCAACCGCCCGCACCGCCGCAGCAGCAACCCAUCUCAACAAGCUCUGCAACAUCCCCCCAUCCAGCAAUGGCACAAACAACACCUACGCCCUCAUCCUCAAGCUGAUCUCCCCACCCAACUCCAAUUCCACAGACGAAGGCCAUAUCCGCAAAAUGCUAAGCUACGAAAUCGAACAAUACUUCUACACAAACAUCGUCCCGCAUCUGUGCGACAUUGGGGUCGCCAAAUGUCUAGCCUCGACGCGUGAUAUGCACGGUAAACCCGGUGCAGAGCAGCUAUCUGGACUCAUGGCUACUAUCAUGGUUGAUCUCAGGCCUCAGUAUCCCGUUGCCGGUGAGAAGAGGGGUGUUUUGGAUUCUGUGCAGGUUUUUGGGGCUUUGGAUUGGUUGGCUUCUUUUCAUUCGCGGACGAGGGGUUUGGUACCGGAUGAUCGUGAGGGACUUGUAUUACCGCCUCUUGAGGAAAUGGAGAAGAGAAAGAAAGAGGGCGGGAAGAAUGGAUGUAAUGGCCUCUGGCUUAAUGGGGGGUAUACAUAUCUCGCUACACGACGGAAAGAGUAUGCUUCUUUGCUUGAUGAUACGGGGUCGGAGUGGUGCGAGGCAUUGUGUAUUGAUUCAGACGGCACUGGGAUGUCUAUUGCUGAGAUUGUUGCGUUUCUUUUGAUGCCUUGCGGCAGAAAGAUGGAGUCUUAUAUCCACGGUGAUGUCAAGUCUGAGAAUCUGUUUACGAGUGCAAAGGGGGAUGAGGUUGCGUUCUUUGAUUUCCAGUAUGUUGGACUUGGUCUUGGGGUUUGUGAUCUGGCGAAACUGUUUACCUGCUCGGUUCCGGUGUCUAUGCUUGUUGGUGGGGAUGGGGAUUUGCCUGAGAAGUUGGGUAUGUGUGAUGGUGAACGGGACUUACUGGAAUGGUAUCAUAGCAGGCUUGUUGAGAACGAGGAGGCUGGUUUCUAUGAGUGGGAGGAGUUCAAGCGACAUUGGGAGACGGCUUUGGUGGAUUGGUGUCGGUUUCAGGCUUCGUGGGGGUUCUGGGGGAAUACGGAGUGGCUUGAGGCUCGUGUGAGGUCUAUCUUGGGUGACCGAGAUUGGAAGGAUUGGUUGUAUCGGGAGAGGGUGAGGAGACCUAUAUGA